AUGCCUAUCACUAAAUACAAGGCUGCCGCUUGGUUCGACCUCGAGGCUGGCGUGCAGAAGACGAUCAACUUCAUCAACGAGGCCGGCCAGGCAGGCUGCAAGCUCGUCGCCUUCCCCGAAGUCUGGAUCCCCGGCUACCCCUAUUGGAUGUGGAAGGUGACCUACCUCCAGAGCCUGCCCAUGCUCAAGAGGUACCGCGAGAACUCGCUCCGCGUCGACUCGGAGGAGAUGCGCCGCAUCCGCCGCGCCGCGCGCGCCAACCAGGUCUUCGUCUCCAUGGGCUUCUCCGAGCUCGACCACGCGACGCUGUACCUGGCGCAGGUGCUCAUCACGCCGACGGGCGCCAUUGCGAACCACCGGCGCAAGAUCAAGCCGACGCACGUGGAGAAGCUCGUGUACGGCGACGGCGCCGGCGACACGUUCGCGUCGGUCGUCGAGACGGAGAUUGGCCGCGUCGGCCAGCUCAACUGCUGGGAGAACAUGAACCCGUUCCUCAAGGCCCUCAACGUCAGCAUGGGCGAGCAGGUCCACGUCGCCGCGUGGCCCGUCUACCCGGGCAAGGAGAGGCGGGUCGCGCCCGACCCGGCGACCAACUACGCGGACCCGGCGUCGGACCUCGUCACGCCGGCGUACGCCAUGGAGACGGGCGCGUGGGUGCUCGCGCCCUUUCAGCGGCUGUCGGUCGAGGGCCUGAGGGUGAACACGCCCGAGGGCGUCGAGCCCGAGACGGACCCUUCGGUGUACAACGGGCACGCGCGCAUCUACAGGCCCGAUGGCAGCCUGGUGGUCAAGCCGGAGAAGGACUUUGACGGGCUGCUGUUUGUGGACAUUGACCUCAACGAGACGCACCUGACGAAAGUGCUUGCCGACUUUGCCGGGCACUAUAUGCGACCGGACCUCAUUCGGCUUCUUGUGGACACGCGCCGCAAGGAGCUCGUCACCGAGGCAGAGGGACAGAACGGAAUUGUGUCAUAUAGCACGGCGCACCGCCUCGGGCUGGAUCGCCCCCUCGAUAGCGUGCCAGAGCGGGACGCAAAGAAGGUUGGCGGGAAUGAGGCAGCUCUCAAGAGCGUUCACGAGGGCUAG